AUACCUGAAUCUGAUUUAGAAUUAGGACAACUUAGAUUAUUAGAUGUUGAUAAUAAAAUGAUCAUUCCAGUAGAUUGCCAUAUUAGAUUAAGUAUUACAGGUGCAGAUGUAAUUCAUUCAUUUGCUGUGCCUUCAUUAGGUGUUAAAAUUGAUGCUACACCAGGUAGAUUAAAUCAAUCUUCUAUAUUUUUAUAA